GUACGAUCCGGUAAAAUAUCUGAUGCUAUAAUUCGAUGACUUUGAGAAUGACUAGCAUCUAAUAACGCUUGGCAUAAUGUUUGAAAUCCGUGACCGUUCACGAUAUCAAAUAGACGCAUAUCAUACGAACAAAAUUUUGUGCAUGCUUCAGUGACUGAUCGUCUUAAAUCCAUUGAGAUGUUGGCAGUUAUAUCUAACUUAACUUUAAUAUCAUCAAUGAUAUUUAAGUUAACAUAUUUUCAAUGAUAUUAAAGUUAAGUUAGACAACGGACUAUUUCAAACCUGUAAUAAACCUGAAACAGCCACAGCAACAUGGAGGAAUUCGUUUCAACGUAUCCAAGAUGAUCAACAAAAGAUUAUUCCGUUUGUUCAAUGUAUUAAAUCCAAAUCGAUAUUAUCUUAUGAUGCACAGAAAACUGGAAGUAAUUCACAUAAGUUACACGUUGAAACAUGUAAAGAUGCUGGUCAUUCUCAAAGUCAUCGAAUUAUAGCAUCAGAUAUUUUACCGGAUCGUACAACAAUUGCACGACGUGUUAACUCAUUAGCUGGUGAAAAACGGUUAGAGUUUAUUGAAAUGUUAAAAGUUGAUCUGAAAAAUGCUAAAUUAUUCGGCAUCACAUGUGACUACUGGAAAAAUAAAUAUUCUUGUGAAAGUUAUUUAACAAUUAACAUGCAUUAUGGCGAAAAUGGACAGAUACAGAAUGUUAUGUUAAAAACAAUGCUAUUUACGGCAUCUAAAACUGGUGAAAAUACAUGGAAUGCUAUAUUAGCUACGUUGAAUUCGUACGGUAUUGAUUCCGAUAAAUGUCACAUUAUAUUUAUAACAGAUAAUGGUGCAAAUUUAGUUAAAGCAUUUAAACGCGAAGCUCAUCUUCGUUACGUUUGCCAUUGUAUUAAUUUAACUGUUCAACAAGCAAUUGAAUCUGUUCCAGUCACAGAGAUGCAAACUAGUUGGAUGAUUAGCAAUUACUGGGGGCUAAGACUUGAAGAAAGUAAGACUCCAGAAAUUCACCAAUUACAAAAUGAGUGUCGCACGUUGGUAACACAUACACGCUGGAAUUCCACGUACGAAAUGUUUGAAUCGGUUUGGCCUAAUUUUCGUGAAGUAGAGGAUAUACUGCUCAAUCGAAAUGAAGAGCAUUUUCUUGAUAAUAUUGAUCAUACAUUGGCCAAAGAAGUAGCAGAUUUACUAUCAACAUUCAAAAUUGGUAGCGAAGUAUUAUCAGCUGAUGAUACGCCGACUUUACAUUUGGUAUUACCGUUUUUCAAAAAAUUUAAACAAUGCUGUGUAACAAGAAAUAGUGAAAAAUUAUCUACAACAAAACUGAAAGGGAUUCUUUUACAAAAACUGGAUGAAAAAAUAUGGUUAUCUGGAAUUCAUUAUAUUUGUUCCUUCUUACAUCCAGAAACAAAAUCAUUAUCUUCUUUUACACAAUCAGAACGUAAUGCAGUUGUUGCAAGUGUAAGAAAAAUGAUAAAAACACUUGGUAUUGAUCAAGAAGCACUGUCUGCACCAACAACAGCCACAACACCAACUCAUAAAAGAAAUCCAAAUAAGCGAGCCAAAAGAGAUAAACUCAAUGUUGAUGAUAUAUUACGAGAGUUUGGUAGCAAAGACGCAUCUUCAACACAUGACGAAGAUGAUGAACCAUAUGAUGGAAUAAAUGAAUACAUUAAAACAAAAUUCAUUUAUCCAAAAGGUGGAAAUAUUUUAACGUGGUGGAAAGAUCGUUCAAUAAUUUAUAAACAAUUAUCACGUUUAGCACUAUCAUUAUUAGCAAUUCCAGCCAGCUCAGCCACAGCUGAACGAAUAUUUAGUGAAACAGGAAGAAUAUUAGAGCCUCGGAGACAAUUAUGA